GUUAGAAGGUCACUAAGCCGCUAGCUUUUUAUAAAUAUUUUGGUUUUUGGGCUUUGAAAGUGCUCGAUAACCUGUUUCACUUGCCGGCCAGCUCAAUGGCCUCUGCGGCCUUGUUGGGGGAUUUUGCCCUCCCAUCAUGAGGAGAGGCACGUCGCGAUGUCUGUAAUACCCGCACUUUCCAAAUUUUGUUUUAAUCGAGAACUUAAUGUAUAUUCAGCCGAAAACUGUGAAGUUGGAGGAAUUUUAAAAACAAUUCUAGAUUUAAUAGUAUAGACAUAACAUAUAUAGAUAUAUCACACUUGUUAUUAUACCUUUUCUACCUUAUAAACAUUAUAUAGAAAAUAAACUGGUUGCUAAGGACAACGCCAUUUUGUUAGCGAAAUAAACUUUGGAAGCACUCAAACGCUGGGAGGAUCGGGAACAGCAGAAUUCGGUCAAUGCUAAAGAUAUUGACUUGCAAUUUCAAUGGCCACCCAUCGAGAAAAUGGAUAAUACCCUAGGAACGUUGGUUAACUGCGAGAGAAUCAGCAUGUCGACGAAUAUGAUUGAAAAAAUCUUCGGCUUAUCGGGCAUGAAGUGCCUAAAAGUUUUGUCACUGUCGCGUAAUUAUAUAAAGCAGAUAUCAGGAUUGGAAGCUGUCGCUGAUACUCUGGAGGAGCUCUGGCUAAGCUAUAAUCUGAUUGAGAAACUUAAAGGCAUGACCGGUCUCAAAUGCCUGAAAGUUCUCUACAUCAGCAAUAAUUUAAUUAAGGAUUGGUCCGAGUUCAACCGCUUGGCCGAAAUUGAAUCGCUUGAAGAUUUAGUGGUAGUUGGAAAUCCAUUGUCAGAGGGUCUGGAUGAGCCCACCUGGAGGGCUGAGUGCAUCAAGCGUUUGCCGACUAUACGAAAGCUGGACGGGGAACCAGUUGUGCUAAAGGAGGAACCAAUAUUGUAAUCUAGUUAGGUUCAAUUAUUGAUAUUGUUCAUUGAAUUAUGAAAUGAUUUUAAAUGAUGAUAAUA